AUGGCAACAUUUCGACCGCGUAUCGCUAUCACUCUAGGCGACCCAGCCGGUGUCGGACCUGAAUUGGCAGUGAAGCUUCUCGCAGACCCUCAGAAUAGCGCGAGAGCCGACCUCCUUGUUCUUGCAGAUAAAUCCGAAGUCGAAGCUGCGGCCUCCGUCGCAAAUGUGACAAUCCCCGAAAGUAUACAGAUUCUGCACGAUGGAACAGCUCCGACCACGCCGAUUGAACGAGGGAAGAUAUCAAAGGCGGCAGGCGAGCGAACCUUGCACCAGCUCAAGCGAGCAACUGCAUUGGUGAACCAGGGAGAAGCGGACGCCAUUGUAUUCACGCCGCUCAACAAGACAUCACUUCAUAUGGCUGGGAUGCACGAGGAAGAUGAGCUGCGGUGGUUUGCGAUGCUCUUGAACCACAAAGGAACGACUAGCGAGGUCAAUAUUAUUCCAGGCCUGUGGACGGCGCGAGUGACAAGCCAUGUCGCAAUGAAAGAUGUGUCUGCAAGGAUCUCGAAAACGUCAGUCUCCGACUCAAUCGAGCUUUUGCAUAAUUUGCUUUCUGACUCUGGCAUCGCAAGUCCUCGCUUGGGUGUAUGCGCGUUGAACCCUCACAAUGGCGAGAAUGGGCUCUUUGGUCGUGAAGAGAUUGAUGUCAUUCGACCGGGUGUAGAGCUUGCUUUGUCGAAGGGGAUAGACGUCAAGGGGCCCUUUCCUAGUGAUACCAUCUUUGUCGCCCGAGCAAAUUAUGACGGCAUUAUAACCAUGUAUCAUGACCAGGGCCAAAUCGCCCUAAAGGUCAUUGGAUUCGAUGGUGGUGUGACCGUUCAAGGGGGAUUGCCGGUGGUGAUAGCCACCCCAGCACAUGGCACGGCGUUUGAUAUUGCGGGGAAGAACAUUGCUAGUGUGAGGAGCAGCCAAAAUGCAUUAGACAUCGCGAUUGCAGUUGCCAGCAAGAAGGCUGCUUUGCGAGCUACUCAAUAG